AUGUUGCUGGAGUCGCGAGGCCUUGCCGGUAGGAAGAGAAACGGAUUGACGCUGUCUUCGUUCGGGGGUGGCGGCGGCGGCGGAGGAGCUGGAGGCGGCGGCGGCGGAGGAGGCGGCGGCGGAGGAGCCGGCAGCGAGGAGGACGACGAGGAAUCUCGACAUCUGUUUCUUGGAAGAAAAAUGCAGGCCGAGGGCACCGCCGCCACCGCGGUUUCCACCGGUUUGUCGUCCGGUUGCACGCGCGACGACGCCGAGGAGAGCUCCAGCCCCUCGCCGAACAGCAGCCUCUUGAACAAUCUAAACAACAAUUGCAACUCGAACCGCCAGUGCGCCACCGAUUUCAGCAUCGCGGCCAUCAUGGCACGGGACUCUCGUCAGCAGCAGCAGCAGCAACAGCAGCAGUCCCAGGCGCCGGCGUCCCAACAACAACAGACCCAACAACAGCUACAGCAGCCGCACCAUCAUCGACAGUUGCAGCAACAGGCCGUCGGCGGCGGGAAGCUGCAUCAACACGAGAGGGAACCGAGCGUCUCUGGCGUCGUCCGCGGCGCUCCGCCGAUCCAGGAAUCGAUCGUAGCGGAAGACGACCCGGAGACGGACGACACCGGAAGUACGAGCGGCAAGGCCGCCUCCCCCGUGAAUCCCCUGCUCCAGGAGCGGUCCAACUGCGAGGAACUGAGGCACGUGGUGUGUCAUCUCGAGACGAAAGACUUGUGGGACAAGUUCAACGAGCUGGGCACCGAGAUGAUCAUCACGAAGACCGGAAGGCGGAUGUUCCCGACGUGCCGGGUGUCGUUCAACGGAUUGAAGCCGGACAGUCGAUACGCGGUUCUGAUGGACAUCGUCCCGGUGGACAACAAGAGGUACCGGUACGCUUAUCACAGGAGCUCGUGGCUGGUGGCUGGGAAGGCCGAUCCCCCGGCGCCGGCGCGUCUCUACGUCCACCCGGACUCGCCUUUUACGGGCGAGCAGCUACGAAAGCAGGUCGUCUCCUUCGAGAAAGUCAAGCUCACCAACAACGACAUGGACAGGCACGGUCACCUGGUGUUGAACUCGAUGCACAAAUACCAGCCGAGGAUCCACCUGGUGAAACGACCGGACUCGGGCACGUCCAAGCCGAUAACGGACCUCGAGAAGGAGCCUCACAAGACCUUCAUAUUCCCGGAGGCCAUAUUCACCGCUGUCACCGCCUAUCAGAAUCAACUCAUCACCAAGCUCAAGAUCGACAGCAAUCCGUUCGCGAAGGGCUUCCGGGACUCCUCGCGCCUCACCGACUUCGAGAGGGAGACGAUGGAGUCGAUGUUGGCGGAACAGCAGACGCUGAGGUUUCCCCAUCGACUUCCGUUCGAGAUGGAUCAGCUGCAGGCGGGGGCGGUGAGCAAUCUCAGCCUGGAGGAGAAGGCGCUCUGGGCGGCGCGGUCCCAGAUGCUGUUGCGGGCCGCGGCCGCGGUGGCGGUGAGUCCCUACGCGCAGCUCGUGGGCCCAGCUUUGGUGUACCCGGGCGCGUCGCCCGCCGGUACCAGUCACCAGCAGCAACAACAUCAACAGCAACAGCAGCAGCAAUUGGGCCAUUUGUGGUGGGCCUCGUCCAUCGGGCCCACUCUGUUCGCCGCUGCCCAUCACCAGCAGCAGCAGCAGCAACAGCAACAGCAGUUGGCCGCCUCGAGCUCGCAGAAUCCCACGACGACGGGCCCAGCAGCGCCAAGACCCCUCUACCCCUCUGCUCUGGCCCUGGCUCACCAUCGGUUCUCGCCUUAUCACACGGCCCCGGCCACCCCCAAGUCCUCCACCCCCGUGGGACCGUCGCUGUCGCCCGCCAGGAGGGCGACACCGUCGCCCACCGACAGCCUCGGCAGAGACGCGCAGGACCUCUCGCCCUCGUAGUCGCCAUCGCGUCCCCGCGAGAUCCGAACGAACCCUCUCGAACAUUUCGGGACCACUCGCUCGAGGAAACCUCGAAAGACGCACGGUAAA